AUGCUCUCUGAUAUAAUUAGCGAAGCAUACGCGAGCGACCGAAGUCUUCCCCCCGGUCUGAUACUCUUAGACACCAGCUUUAUACACGCCCUCGAUUCCCUGACUCCCGAGUCAGCCAGUGUUCCCCCAGUCGACCACAUGUUCUGCUCGCCUUUCGUGGGAAUGGGUGUCGAGCAGAUAACGGACGUUAUAACCAAUACCUGCCAGAAAAAAACACUCCGAAAAGUUGAAGUUGGCAAAACAUUGGAUUGGCAUAGUUCUCGGGUUCCAUGGAGAGAUGCGAACGUUGUGGCUGCCAAGUGGACUCGCGGAUACGCUUCUGGUAUGAUCACCAGUGAUUGCUAUUGA